GGUGCCGCCACCGAGAAAAGGCGCUUGCCAGGUGCGGUUCUCUGGAACUGUCAUGGCAUUAGACGGGCCAUACCAUACAAUAUUACCAUCAACACCAACUCGGCUCUCCGGCACUCAGCUGCCAAAGCUGAGUUCGCUCGGCGAGGACGCGGGCGUGCCGCCUGGUCCAGCGCUCAGCGACGCGGAUAUGAGAGUUGCAUCACUGGAGAGGGAUAUUCAGUUCUUACAACAGCAGCACAGACACACCCUGCAUCAACUUCAUGCUGAAAUCGAUAGUCUCAAAAGUCAAAACAAAGAACUGCAGUUCAAGCUGAUCAUGGAGCCACUGAAGUCAUACAGAAAAGGCUCGAGCUACAGAGGUCAUAGGCCUCAGCCAGAGGGCCAGAGGUUCCUGCCAGAGAGAGGAAUCAUCCUGGAGCAAGAUCCCAGUACUCCACAAGAAAAGACUGGUGUCAGUGGAAAUGAAAAUCCAGCUGCAGUCCCCUCUGAGAGCGCAGAAGGGCCCAAGCCGUCCAAACAGGGCAGCCGGUCGGAGCUGAUGGGGGGUCUCAUUACCUCCCUGCAGCCCCUGAUGAUCCAGUCCUGCCCCUCCCAGCCCCCGCGGCCCCCCACCCUGCAGGAGUGCGAGGUCCUCAUACGACAGCUCUACAACGCCAACAGCUUGCAGUCACAGGAGAUUUUGCACAUCAAGGCAGUUCUAAGAGAUAUCAUCUUCAGUAGGAAAAUCACCCCCGAGAACUACAUCAUAACAAAAGCCUACCUCAGCAGCGGAGACAGAGCCGGGGACACAGCGAGGUUUCCAAAUCUACCUUUCCGUCAACUCCCGAAGAGAAUGUAAGCCAGUUUUACC